AUGGCCCCCAAAGGAGAGAAGAAACCAGCGGCAAAGAAGCCUGCAGAGAAGUCACCGGUAGAGAAACCAAAAGCUGAGAAAAAGAUCCCAAAGGAUGCAUCCUCCACUGACAAGAAGAAGAAGAGAAACAAGAAGAACGUCGAGACAUACAAGAUCUACAUCUUCAAGGUUCUUAAGCAAGUCCAUCCUGACAUUGGAAUCUCCAGCAAGGCUAUGGGGAUCAUGAACAGCUUCAUCAACGACAUCUUCGAGAAGCUGGCUCAGGAGUCUUCUAGACUCGCUCGCUACAACAAGAAAUCCACCAUCUCUUCCCGGGAGAUCCAGACCGCUGUUCGUCUCGUUCUUCCCGGUGAGCUUGCUAAGCACGCCGUUUCUGAGGGAACCAAAUCCGUCACCAAGUUCACCAGUUCUGAUUAG